CUCGGGCUCGAGGGCGCACGCGUGCCGGGCGGCGCUACUGUAUCUAGCGCGGUGGGGCCCGGACGUCGCGCGUUCUGUUUUUGAUGUGGCGGCUGCCGUUCGCCGCCGGCCUGGCCGCGCAGGCGCUGGUGUGCCUGUCGAGCCCGCAGCGGUCCGCCUGCGCAGCCGACGCGCUCGCACUGGUCCAGAGCUCCGCGCAGGUGUCCAGGUCUGCCGCGGUCGACUCGGACGCUGGCGCGGCGGUGCACUCAACCUGGAAGGCGGAUGCAGAGACCGAGAUCGUGACGGAUGCGGAGGACGCUGGCUGGGAGGAUCAGGGGGGCACGAUCGGGGACAUUUCUCCCAGAAUGAUCGACGAUGACGACCCUCUGCUCACCGAUGGCGCCGCCGCCCUGCAGGCGCAGCGGCGGCAGGCCGAGGAGCGCCGGGCGCGGGCGGCCGCCACAGUGACGGAGUCGCAGGUGGAGGUGCUGUCGACCGCGAUCAACUUCGCCCUGGCUCGCGUAGGAGCCUCGCUGGACGAGCACAUGGCCCUGACCACGCAGCUCAAGGACGGCCUCCUGGGCGCCAGGCAGGGAGAGGCGGGCACGCCCGGCGGCAGCGGGCAGGACCCCGCCGCCCUGCUGCAGCUGGGCGGCAACGGCAGCAGGCAGGACAGGCUCGUUGAUCUGGAGAACUCGCUGGACCAGCUGCAGUCGAUCUUCCAAGGCUGGUCGACCGUGGGCGUGGUGCUCCGGAGCUCCGUGCAGAGCAUGGAGUCCAAGCUGGAGACCUUCGGGCAGCGCGACGUCGCGGCCACCGUGGGCGCCAGGCUCGACGAUGCCUUGGAAGCCUUCGACGCGUCCUUGCAGACAACUUUCGGCGAGCUCGAUGGGAACCUGACCGGGAUCGGCGACGAGAGCCCCGACGGCGACGGCGCAGACGGGCGCAUCCGCCAGCUGCACCGAUCGCUCAAGGUGUUCUGCCGGGACACCAACGGCUUCGCGCACAUCUUCAACCAGAACAUGCAUAACCUCGCGGAGUCGAUCGCUGAUCGGGCCCGCCAGUCGAACAUGAAAGAGGUGGAGCUGCAGCGCGUGGGCACGGUGUUCGACGGCUUGCAGCAGGCCGCCGACGCGAUCUCCUGGAAGAUCUACAGCGACGCCUGGACGCUCACGACCGGCAUGUUCAUCGCCAGCAGCGGCCUGCUGCGGGGCCACGGGGGCGCGGAGCCGCAGGCGCGGGCCGGCGAGGAUGUCCUCGCUGCGGGCGAGGCGCCGCCCUCGGAGGCGGUCGCGCCCCUGAAGAUGUCGAGGGCGCAGGCCCUCACGAAGGCCAUGGCCAAGCUGGAGGGCCAGGUGGACGACCUGAUCAACCACACCAAGGAAGAGAUGCGGAGGGUGGCGGAGGCGGUGAACGCAAAUGUCUCGAAGCUGGACCGGGCCGCCGGGGAGUCGCUGGUCAUGCGCGCGAUCGACGCGGAGCUCCUCCCCGAGUGGGGGCGCGUCGGCGAGCAGCUCCACACGCCCGGGGCGUCCGUGCUCCUCACGCAGUGCCUCGAGAACGCGGGGCAGGACGAGCUGGCGGCGAGGCUGUCCUCUCUGCUGGACAGCAACAUCUCGAUCCGAUCAGGCGGCGCCCUGGUGCUCGAGCCGGCGCGCCCGGGGGCCUUCGACGCGGACCUGGACGCGUUCGUGCAGCGGGAGGACCUGCUGGCGUACUCCUUCUACAAGGCCUUCGCCGAGUUUCUCAACGGCCUACGCGCAUCCCCGGGCAACGGCCGAGUGGUGGACCAGCGCACGGUCCUUCUAUCGAAAACAAUGUGGAAGGUGCCGCCCCGACGAAGUUGCAGGUGUUCGCCCAGAUGUACGGGAGUAUCUGCGCCGCGAAUGGACCGCACCUCGCCAUGGCGCAGUUCAGCUCCUCAGACGCGGAUGCGGGCUUGGGGUCGGAGCAGAGCGAUGACGCCGCUCUCGGGACAGCCGCCGUUCAAGAAGCCGCCUCGAUCGCAUGGAAGAUACACAGCGCUGCGUGGGUCCUGGUCGCGGAUGCCCACAAGGCGACCGCGCUGCUAAGCUGAGCGCAGCCUCUGCGGCGUGUUUUGCGACUCGAGGGGGUCCGUCAAGGGCCCAGCUGGCAUCGGCCUCUCUGUGGGGCUCCUCGUUCCAAGUUAAUUGCCAUCCAGGAUCUGGAAAUGCGGAAUCCCACAGAGAGGGUGUCAUCGUGGAGUUUCAGCGCCAUGCCUGAAACUCAAGCUGGCAUGCAUUCAGGACGGCUUGUCUCAGGAGCCUCGGCGCCACGGUUCGCGUGGCAUCUUGGCGAUCUCUCGGCCUGCUUGCCCGAUCUCGGCCGCAGGCGACCGCGGUGCACAGACCAGAGACUUGGCUGCGGAAAGCCCGUGCGCGAUCCUUGGCCGGAGCUUGCCGCUGCGCCGCCUUCUGCCAGAGCAGCCGCCGCAGUGAGCCAGCACGCCCGUGCCCCCCCGCUGUGGAAACACGCCCGACCCGUGCUUGUUCAUUGUGGUCGAAUUAUCUGUGCCCACAAACCCCGCGGGUGCGG